UUGGAUCUUGACAUUCACAGUUGCCCUUUCGGCGCUGUGUUGUUGAAGGCAGCAGAGCCGUCAUAUCUCUACCGGGAUAUUCGUUAGGGAAGACUGGAACAUGGACUGACCGCUGCCUGCACGAGCUGAAGGAGAAGAACACUGUUAAACAAAGGGAAUAAUACUCUAACAGGUGAGGUUAUAAUAAUGGCCAAAGAUGAUGAAAUCCCUGACUGGGCUGGAGCGCAGGACUUCUAUCAGAAGUAUGAUCCAAAGGAGAUCCUUGGAAGAGGGGUAAGCAGUGUGGUUCGACGCUGCAUCCAUAAGCGCACCACUCAGGAAUAUGCUGUCAAAAUCAUUGACAUCACACCAUCAGAUAAGAUGAGUCCUGAGGAGAUCGAGGAGAUCAGAAAUGCCACAACAAAGGAGAUUGACAUCCUCAAGAAGGUGUGCGGGCAAGAAAACAUCAUUCAGUUGAAGGAUUCCUUUGAAACUAAAGCUUUCUUCUUCUUGGUGUUUGACUUGAUGAAGAAAGGAGAGCUUUUCGAUUAUCUAACUGAGAAGGUUACGCUCAGUGAAAAAGAGACAAGGAAGAUCAUGCGCUCCCUGUUCGAGGUGGUUCAGUUCCUUCACUCUCAGAACAUUGUGCACAGAGAUCUAAAGCCAGAGAACAUCCUUCUGGAUGACAAUAUGAGCAUCAAACUCACUGAUUUUGGCUUUGCUGUGCAGAUUACACCAGGACAAAAACUCCACGAGGUAUGUGGAACGCCAGGAUAUCUAGCCCCAGAGAUUAUCGAGUGCUCUAUGGAUCCUCACCACCAAGGUUAUGGGACCGCCGUUGAUCUCUGGAGUGCAGGGGUGAUCAUGUACACCCUUCUUGCAGGUUCCCCUCCCUUCUGGCACAGGAAGCAGAUGCUAAUGCUGCGCAUGAUCCUAGCAGGAAGUUACGAGUUCACCUCUCCGGAGUGGGACGACCGUUCAGACACUGUCAAAGACCUGAUCUCCAGGUUGUUGGUGGUGAAUCCCGAGACACGUUACACUGCCACAGAUGCCUUAAACCACCCUUUCUUCCAGCAGUAUGUGGUCGCAGAGGUGCGACAUUUCAGUCCGUACAGGAAGUUCAAGGUAAUCUGCAUGACAGUUCUGGCAACGAUGCGCAUUUACUGCAAUUAUCGACGUGCCAAGCCAGUUACCAAAGAAGUGAUCAAGAGUGACCCCUAUGCAGUAAAACCUAUUCGCAAGCUCAUCGAUGCCUGUGCGUUCAAGAUUUACGGACACUGGGUAAAGAAGGGGCAGACACAGAACAGAGCUGCCCUGUUUGAGAAUAGUCCAAAAGCUAUCUUGCUUUCUCUAGCAGCGGAAACAGAUGAUUCAGCUCUAAGAAUGAUGUAAUAAAUGUAAAGCACUCUACUGAAAACUAUAUAGGAAAAUAUGUAUUGUAUUAUGACAUCAGUACCUCAUACUGCAUGACAUUGUGAGAUGUUUCAAAACUUAUAACUAUGCGCUUUCAUUUCAUUCAUUUUGCCCUGAAGAGUUGCAUAAUUGGCCUGCAACAUUUAAAUGUUAUUGAAAUCCAGGUAUCAACCUGGAUACCUGAAGAUCUCAUGCUAAUUCAGGUCAUAUUUAUUUAUUCUGUAUUAUAAAUUAUUUGAAAUAUUAAAACAAACAAAAUAUAUGAAAUUAAA